CGCUCACGUUCACCCGACGUCUUUAAGCGGGGUUUCGGAAAUGUUUUAAGUAAAAUGUAGCAUUCCAACGUUUAAAUUCAAGAACCAUUUCAUUAAUUGCUCCACUAAAAUACUGCCACAGUUUGGGUUUACCAUCUCGGCAAUGGUUAUAACUUGAAUCAAUCGAACAGGUACACUGGUUGAUAUAAACAGGGUUGUAUUUUUCGAGCGACAACCAACACCCUGAACAGGCAAGCAUAGUUGCGUACGUAUAUGUUUAUGUUAUGGCGUGGCGUCGUAGUAUUGGUGCUGGCCAGGUAGCAAGAGGCUGUAUAGCCAGCAAAAGUUGCCUUCCGAUCGAUUCUCACAAACCCGUAUCGCCCUUACGAUCAAACAGGUGAACAAAUCCGAAGCGUACGGUCAUCAGGUAGUGCGAUCGUCCGAAACGGCCCUUUUGUAUGACGUAUGUAGAUAGCACGGUAAAGAAAAGUUUAGUAACGAACAAAUAUCGCUGAAUUUUCUCAACUCUGCGUACGGUAAAGUGUGUACAGUUCCCGAUCCCGUAACGUUGGAAGGAUUUUUAUCCGUGUUUUCUCGUUGACAAACCAGAGGGUUUACUGUAAAUUAAUUUGUGUAAUCGGUUCGUGUGGCAAUUGAUAAAACAAGAGAGAGAAAAAAAGAUAAAAAGUUAUGAUUCAGUGCAGUGGCUACGAUAUUCGUGCUUGUGACGGUGCCGAAUCACUUUUGCGCACCGUGCUAUAGGAGAAGAUCGGAGCAGUGCGGCGAGUCGCUGCGCAAGCGCUUGCGGUCAAACUAAAUGUGCUACGUAUGCAGUUUCUCGCGCGUUUGUGUGCUGCCCGGUACGCUCGGAACGAAACGAAAGGCCAGAAAGGCGUACGGAUGCCCAGUGAAAUCGUGAGCUGAGAACGAAACAGCGGAAACAGAAUAUUGCGAUUUAGGUGUGCCAAGUGGCUGACGAUUUUUCGUUCCAUAAGUUAGACGGCAAAGGCUGGAGAAGAGCUGGAGGAAAAUUUUGAAGUUUGACGACCUACUACUGCUGCACCCUUCGGAAGAAAGUUGGCGGAUUCGAAAAUCCGCUUUGACAUGCCGUACAUGGUUCGCUUAACCUAGUGACAUCGAAAUACGCAACACCAGCAGCAGCAAAGCUAUAACGCUACAACCGUCACCAUGGAUUGGUCAACGGGCGAUCUGGUGUGGUUCGAUCCCGGGCUCGGACAUCCGCUGCCCGGCGAGAUCCAAGAAGUUCAUCGUGCCGCUCAGAUGAUCAUCGUGCAGGCACUUAUCAACGGCAAGCCGCAAACGUUCACCCUGGGGCCGAAUGAGGGAAACAUACGUGCCCGGCAGGAUUUGGGCAAGACCGGUGUAGAGGACAUGACCCAGCUGGAGGACCUACACGAAGCGUCAUUGCUGUGGAAUCUGAAGCUACGUUAUGACAAUGGCUUGAUCUACACGAACGCGGGCAGUAUACUGAUCGCGAUCAAUCCGUACAAAAUGUUUCCCGAAUCGUACGGCAUCGAGAUGGCCAAACUGUACUCGGGACGGCCACUCGGGACACUGGCGCCGCAUCUGUUUGCGAUCGGUUCGACGGCCCAUGCCGCCCUACCAUCGCCCCAGGUCGUCGUCAUAUCCGGUGAGUCUGGCUCGGGUAAGACGGAAUCGACCAAACUGGUGAUGCAGUAUCUUGCUGCGGUCGUACCUGGCGGUGGUUCGGCCUCUACCGUCAUCACCGAGCAGAUUCUCGAGGCGGCUCCACUGCUGGAAGCGUUCGGCAAUGCCCGUACCGUACGAAACGACAACAGUUCCCGCUUUGGCAAGUACCUGGAGGUGUACUUCAAGUCGGGAGCUAUCAUCGGUGCCAAGAUUACGCAGUAUCUGCUGGAAAAGUCACGAAUAGUUACACAGGCAGCCGGAGAACGGAACUAUCACGUUUUCUACGAGCUGCUCGGUGGUUUGUCGGAGCCCGAGCGCAUGAAGUAUGGUCUGCUGGAGGCGGAUAAAUACUUUUACCUCAAUCAGGGCGGCUCUGACUGUGCACCGGGACGUAUGGAUUGGGCCUCGCUCCAGAGUGCGAUGCAGGUGCUCGGUGUGACCGAAAACGAGCGUGAAGGUAUCGUGAAGGUGUUGGCCUCUGUGCUACACCUGGGUAAUGUGUACUUCCACCGGCGCCAACUACGCCACGGACAGGAAGGUGUCGAGAUUGGUUCGGAUGCGGAAAUUAAGUGGGCCGCCCACUUGCUGCAGUUGCCAUCUGAGGGCAUCCUGAAAUCGCUGACCUCACGCAUUACGGAGACGCGUUCGGAGCGUCUGUAUACACCGCUCGGCAUCGACCAAGCGCUGGAUGCACGAGAUGCGCUGGCAAAGGCGCUCUACUCGGGACUUUUUAACUGGCUGGUACUGCGAAUCAACUCCAUUGUACAUCGUGGCGGUACGCACGAUGCGCAACGUCUGUCUAUUCUGGACAUCUUCGGGUUCGAAGAUUUGGCCGAGAAUUCGUUCGAGCAGCUGUGUAUCAACUACGCCAACGAAAGUCUGCAGCUGUACUUCAAUAAACACGUGUUCAAACUGGAACAGGCAGAGUACGCGCGGGAGCGCCUCGAAUGGACCAACCUCGAAUGGGAGGACAAUCUGCCGGUGAUUCAUCUGCUCGCCAAAAAGCCGGUCGGUAUUUUCCAUCUGUUGGACGACGAGUCUAACUUUCCGCGGGCAAAUGAUUCCAGUUUUCUCGAGAAGUGCCACUACAACCAUGCUCUGAACGAGCUGUACUCGCGCCCCAGGGUGGGCGCCCAAGAGUUUGGUAUCACACACUAUGCCGGUCAGGUGUGGUAUUGUGUCGAUGGUUUUCUGGAGAAGAAUCGUGACGCAUUGCGCAUGGACGUAAUAGAGCUGCUGAGCUCCAGUACGGAACCACUGGUUUUGGAGAUGACCAAGCAGCUACGAGCGCAACGAGAUGUCGGAAAAACGCUGCCCAAAGGUUCCAAUGGUCGGUUUGUCACUAUGAAGCCACGUACUCCAACGGUGGCGGCUAGAUUUUCCGAUUCCCUGCAGCAGUUGCUGCAGUCCAUGGCCAAAUGCAACCCAUGGUUCGUCCGGUGCGUUAAACCGAACAAUGACAAACAGGCACUGCGUAUGGACAUGCCUUGCGUGCUUCAACAGCUGCGUUAUCUGGGCAUGCUAGACACGAUCAAAAUCCGUCAGUCCGGUUAUCCAGUGCGCCUUCGUUUCCAACAUUUCGUCGAGCGCUAUCGCCAUCUGAUGAAAACGCCUCUACCGAAAGGUACGCCUUACCGAGAAUUGUGCCGCUUCGUGCUAGACGAGCUGCCGGGGACAAACACGGAAGGGCCUGACUUCCAGCUUGGAGCAACACGCGUAUUCUUACGUGAGGCACUUCACCGAACGUUGGAAGCGAGUCGUGCCGAUCGAUUGCGACUGGCCGCGGUAACGAUCCAGCGAAACGUGCGAGGCAUGCUUGCCCGCAAGAAGGUUCACCGAGAAGUCCGCGGAGCCGUUACCAUACAGCGUUACUGGCGAGGAUAUCGUGAUCGAAAUCGCUACCUCACUAUCAAGAACGGAGUCACAAAGUAUCAGGCACUGUUCAAGGGACACAUGCAGCGCAAACGGUACGCCAAGUUGAAGAACGAACUGAAACGACGCCGUGAAGCCGAACGGCUGAAGAAGGAACGUACGGCACAACGUUUGGCUAAGGAACAGGUAGAACGUGGUUCAGCCGUCCCGCUAGACAUUCCGGCCGAGUUGGCGUUUAUCUUUUCCAAGUCGGAGAACUGGACUGGACAGCAAAGUGAUCGCAAUCUGGUAAAGGUGGUCGGCACUGUUCCAGGGCCGCCGUCCGCUGCUGACUUACCACCCGAUCUUGAUCAGUUUGCUUUCGGCAAGUUCAGCUCUGUGUACUGCAAUGGGGUCAAGUUGGCACCACGUCGAGACAUCAUAACCGCACCGUUCCUGUCACGCGCUGCCGCUCGCGAUCAAGACUUUAAGGAUGCGAUCGCUAUUUUUAAGCUGAUUAUUCGCUGGACGACCGACGCCACCAUGGAUGCGAAUCGUGAGAAAAUAUUGGCCGAUUACAUCGUACACAAGGGAUUAUCGUCGCGUGGUCUUCGGGAUGAAAUAUUGGUGCAAAUUUGCAACCAAGUGUAUCGGGCAGAUGAGGCAACAGCGGAGAAGCUGUGGACGCUGAUGUCUCACUGUCUCUCGGCCUUCCAGCCAGGAUCGGCAUUCAGCAAGUAUUUGAUCAAGUUUAUCGUAGAUAACGCACCGCCCAAUACGAAGGAACAGAUACUGAAGAAGCUGCUACGGAAUGCUAAUGCUGGCCAGACUAACCCUUGUCGGUUAUUCCCACCGUCCUGGCUCGAGUGGCGGGCGUCGUCCCGACUGGCAGAUACAGCACUUGGACUUAAUUUGCCAGACAGCAGUGUCCAGACGGUAGCUGUCGAUUCGUGGACCACAUGUGAAGAAGCGGCCGCACUAGCAAUCUCUUCGUUCGGCAUACCCAACCUCGGCUGGACGGUGGUGAUUGACGAAUCGGAUCAAAUGACAGAUUCGUGUGGAUUGGAUUUUGUGCUGGAUCUAGUUGCGGAAAAAGAACUCCCACCCGCUUUUCCAGCCGUACGUAGUGAUAUACUGCGCUGCGGUAGAAAACUACCCCCGAACGCGGCUCCGAUCGCUGGAACAAACGAUCCAUCUAUUGAGCCUAGCAGUCCCAAGCGUCCACAGGUUCCACCACCGGAACCACCCUCAAUGAAGCGAAACUCGCAUGAGAUACAGCUGGUACCAGUUGCCAUCGGAAGCGGUAAGAAGCAUGAACCGGUCGAGUACGGUAACUCCCGACAUAUGGAAACAACCGGUGCCGGUAGGAAGACUUCACACGAUGUGUCCCUGUCACGGCAUAAGUUACGCGAGGAGCGUGCCUUUUACGAGGAUAAGAGUCGUUCCCGCUCAUUAGAUGAUCUGCUUGCCGGUGAGCCGGAUGAAGCAAUGAUCUCGCCAGAUGCCGACGAGCCAGAGAGUUCGUUGACGCUGACGUUGGCCGAAAACAGAAUUGGCAAUAAAUAUCGCUCGGUAGACACGAUCGCACCACUAAAAGAGCAACAUCCCCGGUUCGUGAAGUCACAGUACGCGGGCAAACGUACGGCCGGAUCACACUCGUUAAAGUACGCCGAGAAGUCGGAAUUUAGCGUUCGUUCGUCGGCCAUGUCUGAUACGAGCGAAGCGCCUUCACUGGCCAGUCACGUGCGGCGUGUUCGAGUACCUUCGCAAGCAUCCGAUGUCGAUCAGUUCCUGGACGAUCUGUUUAGUCCCGUACUGGAUGGAUCUUUGGAUGAGCUGUCAGAUGCACGCUCGCUAGCGGCCAGUAUUCGUGGAGGUACACAAUUCGUAACCGAACUACUCGCUUCAGUACGUACCGACAGUCAGCUGACGGAUCUUGAACAGAGCGAAGUACUCUCAAGAACCACAAAAGGAGGCACUACGCACCAAGCGAAGAAUGCCACAUCAAACGGAUUCACACCGAACGCUCCGAAUCCGAUUACACCUUUAACGCCGUCCAACUCUGGUUCACUACUGAUGAUGGGCUCCGUCAGUCCGGAUGUUGUAAUGCCGGUGUUCACCAUCCCGCCUGGUGUCGAUAGUAACGCCUACCAGCAGCAGAUGCAGCGUGCCUUUCUUCAAUCCGCUAUGGCACAAAACAUUCAGAUUCAACAGCAACUAAUGGCCCAAAACCAAGCCCUACAAACGUUGCUCACUCAGCAGGAUGGUGCCGGACCAUCAUCCUCCUCUCCACCGGCAAUUCCUGGAGCAAUCUCACCGAAGCAUGGUGGCACAACCGGCUCACCAACAUCCGUGCAACAUUCGCCUAUUCGGAAAAUGAGCGCUAAAGCUGUAUCUCGUAUGGAUUCUGCCGAUCGGCCAGCCCAAUCAGGAUCGUCCUCAUUUUCGGACAUGUUGCGCAACCGCAAGGAUUCAUCCUCAUCCAACUUGAUCCCACCACCGCCACCUCCACCACUUCCGCCACCGUUGGAAAUGAAAGAUCCAUUCGAGGUGCGCCCAUUUCUGGAUCCUUACGGACGUGCGAAAACUGUACGCAUCGGCAAAUGGCGCUGGCCACCACCACAGGGUGUUCCGAUCGGUACCGAAACCGAGGAAAACUUCAUCCAAUUCAAGAUGACGCGUCAGAGCAAUCGCAAAACGACGCCCCAAUCGCAGCACAGUAGCAACAUGGACUCACCGAUCGGCUCACCGAAUGGUGUCGAAUGGGAAGAGUUCGAGAUCGACCAAAAGCUGCAGGAACAUGCCAAUCGUGAUGGUGGCGAAGGUGCAAAAGGGUCCGGAUCCGGUGGACAGCAGGGUGCUCGAAUAGCGAAGCGUAGCUUCGACAUCGGAGCUGAUCGUCCCGCACCCAACAGUGUCGGAAAGUUAAAGCUGAGCAACGAAAUGCGUCAACGUUUGGAGCAAGUUACAGCGGGACAUUCGGUGCGUUCGUCCAGUGCCAAAUCCGAUCGGCCGGAGCGUACACCAGCGAAGCUGGAAGACACACGCCGCAUGAUGUUAGAGCAGCAGCUCGGUGGGAUGAAUCCACCCGGCGGUACAAAGUCCCCCGGCGCGAUGGGAGGAGAUUUACCCUCCGUGAAGACGCAGGUACAACGCAUGGAGGCGAGCAAAAAGGGUGCUCCGGCUACAGCAUGGCCAACGGUUCUUCCACCAGCGCCACCAGGACCAGCUCCACCUCCACCAAUAAGACCACCGACCUCGACUCCACCGGCGCCGCCUCCACCAAUUCAUGGCGGUAUGAUGAGUGCUCAGAACAACCACCAGAACCAGUCGGAAAUUCCGUCAUUCGUUCAGCGCCAAGAGCGUGAUACGUUCGGUGCCAAGGAUAGCUUCAUGGAUUCCUGGGGCCGUGCAGAAGCCGCUAAGCUAGAUUUGGUCUAUGAAACUAGUUUCAAGAAAGAGAUGAUCAUUGAACGCGAGCGUUCCCGGUCGAGAUCGCGAUCACGCGAUCGGGAGAACUUCUCCGAGUCUGUCUGGGACCGAUCGGAAGUUGAAGGUCCUUCGUCUACAUCCAGCGAUCCGAGGGAUCGUGAUCGUGACAAAGAACGAGAGGCCCGUGAGCGUAACUACGAGCUGACGCAGCUACAGCGCGAGAAGGAAAGCAACAAAGUGUUCCAUCCGUCCUCGUACACAAAGGACAAGCAACACCAGCAACAUCAGAUUCAGCAGCAACAGCAAUCGCAGUACCAACAGCAGUACCAGCAGCAGCAAAAGCAAUACUCCGCCAACUCACCGAACUCGGGUAUUGCCACCUUCAAAACGCACAUGGUGCAGAAAAGCGUACAGGAGCGGGAAAGAAAAUCUUCCGCCGCCACAACCAACGGUUCGGUGUACAGCGAAAAGCUGGACGAUGGUGCAAUGGCUGAUCCGCCCGCACCGGUCAUGCCAGUGCAGAUGAAUCCCUCGCUGAAAGCACCGGCGGCGGCCUGCCUAACGUACAACCGUAUCACCUGGACGUUGCGCGUCCGUAAGGAAGUGUUCCGUCCGAGCGAAACCGUCACGGCACCGGCCGCUCUCGAUCUGCUGUUCAAUCAGAUCACUGCCGACGUGUUCGGUGUGACGCCUUGCAUGCGAAUAUCGCCCCAGGAGAAACGGCUCGCAGUGAAUCUGCUCAGCAGCCACGGCAUCACGGCUAACGGCCAUACGACAGGAAAGCAACACGUGCGGGCAAUCGUGAAGCGCCACGUGCUCGAUAUGGCCCGCGGGUGGCCCCUCUACUUCGCACGGCUGUUCGUGAUGAAUGGGUCACCGUCGAUACAGGAGGGCACAUUGCUGGCCGUCUCGCAUAUGGGCGUGUAUCUGGCGAGCAAGGAGCCCGAAUUUUUGGCGAUCCAACGCGCCAUCCCAUACGAUGAUAUACAAAGUGUUACCACGCUGCCGCGACCGCUCACCCUGCAGCUGACGUUGAAAACUGGGGCUCGCAUCGUGCUGCAUGCAUCCAAGGCAAAUGCUAUCCAGAUGAUGGUACAAUCGUACCUCGCCGAGUACAGACAGACCCAAUCGAAAGGUUCCACCAUAUCGUCCGGUGUACGGGCGGCCGCCGCCACGCUUAAUGUGCCGCUCGAGCGAUUGGAAACGUCGAACGUCAACAGCCCCGGAUCACCGAACCAAAUCUCACCGACCGAGAAGGGGCACCAUCUGCAUCACAUGGGACACCCGGGACAUCAUGGCCACCAUCACCAUCAGCAGCUGAUGGACGAGUUCGAGGAUAUGCAUAUCGAUCAUGGUUUGCCGGAAUCGUCCCCGCCACCGAUGGGAGGGUACGGAAACGAUCGUGUACAUAGCGGCAUGGGCAUGAAGCAUGGCGUCAACGGACAGCAGCAGCAGCAACAACAGCAGCACCAUUCGCCGUACGGUGAGCGCAGUCCGGGCGAUGGUCCGGGCCGGGUUGGUAGCGGUGGUGCCGGUAGUGGUAUGAUCGUUAACCACAAAAACUCACCCAUGGGUAACGGAAAUGGCAACUACAGCGAUAUGCACAUCGUCGGGCACCACGAGAACGAUUCGUCCCCAACGCAAACGUCGCUGACCAAACACUCGUUGUUGCAGUUUGCGAUGCAACAUUUCCGCACCGACGACGAAUUCAAAUCCAAUCGAUCGGAUAAACGGGCCAUGAGAAAUCAGCAUGCAGAUCUGGUAAAAUGGCAAGGUUAUCCACUGCGGGCACCAUUGUUGCGACUUCCGGCCGACUUAACACCACUCGCACUGGAAUGUUUCGAUUGUGUUCUGCGAUACUGCGGCGAUCUUGCCGUCGAUCCGGAGUUGUCAGAAGUGAAAUGCGUUUACACGGUGUUGAUGCACUGUCACAAGCAUCUGGCCCUGCGAGAUGAAGUGUACUGUCAGCUCAUGAAGCAAACGACGGCAAACCGAUCUGCCUGCCCAGAUUCGGCUCAGCGAGCCUGGCGGUUGUUAAGCAUACUGGCGGCUUAUUUCGGUUGUUCAGAUGCGUUGCGACCAUACCUGAUCGAACAUCUAACUUCGGCUGCCUCGGAUCGGCGUCGUCCAUGUCACGGUACUGCGGCCGUUUGUUUGACGAAUCUUCGCAAAACGGCACGCUGUGGUGGCCGCAAGAAUGUACCGAGCGUUGAGGAAGUUACCGCCGUAUCUGCGGGCAGAUCUGCCCGUCGACAAAUAUAUCGUCUGCCUGGUGGGGCGGAACGUAUCGUUAAUACACGCUGUUCUACCGUCGUUGGCGAUGUUAUCGCGGAACUGUGCUCACUGCUGGGCAUUGAGUCGCCGGCAGAGCAGCAGGAAUUUUCGCUCUACUGUAUCGUCCAGGGUGACGCCUUUACCAUGCCGUUGGCUGCCGAUGAGUACAUCCUGGACGUAACGACCGAGCUGCUGAAAUCGGGCCAACCGUUCUACUUAAUCUUCUGCCGAUCGGUGUGGCACUUUGCGCUGAAGCGUGAUCCGGCCCCAACGCCACUCUAUAUAGAAGUUCUGUUCAACCAAGUCGCACCGGACUAUUUGGAGGGACUGCUGCUGGAACUUCCCAACGGUGGUGCGCCCAGUCCGGAUUAUGUGCGCGAUAUGGCGCGCAUUGCCGCAAUUCUGCACCGUGCGGCCGAUUUGAACCACCUGCCGGCCAUGAAGGAGAUCAAAUUCCUGCUGCCGAAACCGGCUCUCUCCUUGCGCGAACUGCGCCCGGCACAGUGGGUGGCGCUGGUCCAAUCAGCCUGGCCAUCGGUAGCUGGGCUGAGCCCGAUCCAGGUGAAGGCACAAUUCCUGAACGUACUCUCAUCGUGGCCACUCUUCGGCAGCAGCUUCUUUGCGGUCAAGCGCGUUUGGGCGGACGAGAACCCGAUGGAAGAGCCAAGCCCAAUGUGGCGCGAGCUCAUACUAGCGCUCAACCGACGGGGUGUGCUGUUCCUCGAUCCCAACACUCACGAAACGAUGCAACAUUGGCCAUUUAAUGAAGUGAUUUCAACACGAAAGGUACGUUCAGAAGAUGGUGCACUGUUUCUCGACAUGAAGGUGGGUAACCUGCUUCAACAGCGUGUCAUCCGUGUGCAAACCGAGCAAGCGCACGAAAUUUCACGGCUAGUACGCCAGUACAUCACAAUGGCCCAGGCACAGCAACGCGAUCGAAGGGAAUAGACCGUUCCCAUUGCUGGUGAGGCCACUUUCUAUCGUUUGAAAUCGUCUCGCAAUGAAAAGCAAUGAAUGGGGCCAGAUUUAGGUGCAAAGGAUAGUUAGUUUUACCGUUUACGAAAUUACAUACUUUAGGUAGGAAGCGUAUGCAGUGUGGAAAGAGGUUAAGAUGAUGAACAUAAAUAUAUUAUAAUUGGUGUGCUUAUUUGGGUGAAAUGGCAGUCCGAUGAUGAACGCUGUUCUUCAAUUACAAUGCUAGGGAAACGUUUCGCGUUUGUACCGUUCGAACAAAUGUGAAACAAAUGCACACUAUUAUACGUAUCAUGCUGUAUUGAUUAUAUUUUUCUACAUUUUGAAAAUAUAUGCAUUUUAUAUAAAUUGA